CUUUUCCGUCUGGUCCGAGAUUGGUAAGGGGGGAUCCCAUCUCACGUCUCGCCACGAUGGUCUGGUGCAUCUGCUUUCUGUCCGAGGAAGAGAAAAACGCAGUCGCCAUAGAUAAAGAAAUCAACCGGCUUCUCCAGGAGCAGAAAAAGCGAGAUCGGUGGGAGCUGAAGUUGCUUUUGCUCGGUACUGGAGAGAGUGGGAAAAGCACCUUCAUCAAACAGAUGAGAAUAAUCCAUGGCUUGGGCUAUACGGAGGAAGACCGCAAAGAAUUUGCCAAGGUGGUUUAUCAGAACAUCUUUAUGUCCAUCCAGGCUAUGGUCAAGGCUAUGGACAUUCUCCAGAUCUCCUAUGCCCAGCAGGAAAAUGCGCAAAAUGCUCAGCUGCUGAUGGCUGUGGAUACUUACAAAAUGAAGGAGAUGGAUGCGCACCAUGCACGGAUGAUCAAAAGCCUGUGGAGGGAUGGCGGGAUCCGAACUUGCUACCAGAGGCGAAGCGAGUACCAUUUGCUGGAUUCCACUUUCUACUUCCUGUCCAACCUGGACCGCAUUGCAGCGGCAGGGUACGUGCCGAGCCCACAGGACAUCCUGCGGACGCGGGUGCCGACGACGGGCAUCAACGAGUACUGCUUUUCGGUGCAGAAGGUGAGGCUCAGGAUCGUUGAUGUAGGCGGACAGAGGUCGGAGCGCCGUAAAUGGAUCCACUGUUUUGAGAACGUGAUUGCCCUGAUCUACUUGGCUUCUCUCAGUGAAUAUGACCAAUGUCUGGAGGAGAACACAAGUGAAAACCGGAUGAGGGAGAGUCUCGACCUCUUCAGAACCAUCCUGGAGCUUCCAUGGUUCUGGAAUACCUCCAUCAUCCUUUUCCUCAACAAGGUGGACAUCCUGGAGGAGAAGAUCUUGAGUUCUGACCUGGCUGCUUAUUUCCCAAGUUUCCCAGGCCCCAAGCGAGACGCUCACGCAGCCAAGCAGUUCAUCCUUGAAAUGUACAUGGACAUCUUCAGGAAGUUCUUGGUCCCUGGUGGCGACUUCGGAGGGGGUCCUUCCGGCGACGUCCACAGGCCACGGAUCCUUUACUUCCACUUCACCUGUGCCACGGACACGCAGAACAUUGGCACGGUUUUCGAGGACAUUAAGGAUGCGGUCCUGGCUGCCUACCUUGAUGAGUUCAACCUGGUCUAGAAGGGUCUUGCGGACACUUCUAAAGGAUCCCAAUGACUCCACCCGUUUGCCUUAGAGGAGGCCUGGCGCAUGGAAUGCAAAACCGGCGGCUCUAAAGGUCCAUUUUAAAACACCGGCGGGCACCGAGAUCUGUCCAGCAGCAUCACCCCUAGGGAAUCCCAGAGGUAGGAGGGCAGACCUGGCUACUGCAGGCUGAGACCCGCUCCAUUCAAAAGGGAUUUCAAAACCCUGUGCUCUUUGGCGCCACCCUGCAUAGCUGUCAAGCGUCCCUUAUUUGGCGGGACAGUCCCUUAUCCUAGCGCCGUGUCCCGCUGCUGUCCCUUAUUGAUGAUGUCCCUUAAAUUUCCCGGGUUUCAAAGGAAGCAGCUCCUCUCCCUCCCUCCCUGCCGGCCAGGGAGGAGGGAGGCUCCAACUGUGUUGCUUGGCUGCGUUGCUCACCCAAUAAGGAGUCUAAGAAUGACUGGGGGGUGGAGCUUGCAUGCCUUGUGCUGAUCAAAUCGGCUGCGUUGCCUGGGGACUCGCCUUUGCUCAGCGCUUCCCAGCAGAGAGGUGAGGGUGGUUUUCCUUGAGGCUUCGUUUGGCUGCUGGCUGGGCUUUCUGCCUUUGGCUUGGAGGGGCUCAGAAGUUGAACAUACCUGUGCUGGGAAAAUCCCUUAUAUUGGCUGCUGAUCCCUUAUUUUCAAGACUGCUGGUCCCUUAUUUUCAAAUCUGUAAGUUGAUAGCUAUGCCACCCUGAUGAAAAGAGAAACGGGAGCAGAACUCCUCGGUCUCUGCUUCCUGGUCCAUGUCCGGAACUUGGCCCUGCGGACAGCAUCAGUAUUGGCUGUUCCUUCCAGUCCACGGACAAUAUGUGGUUGAUGAGGGCUGGAUCUGUACGUUUCAGGAAAACGCGUUGUAAAGCUCAUAAUGGGAAAAUUGCCAGAGGAUCGGACUCUACAGCGCCAUCAGGUGUCACAGCGUUAUAACGCUGAAAACAAAACAAAGCAGCAACGUACCUGAGUCCUAGGCCUUGACUCCAGCUAACUUCCUGAGGCAGCGUUCACACAGCCGUUUGUUCCGUUCCCCUGCUUAUUUCUGCAUCAUAUUCGAGCUUUUGCACAACAUGAAACCGCUUCCGGAAACCUAGUGGAACAAGGUGGAGGUUUAGCUCUCGCAUCCGUGUUAUCUGCUCCAGAAACGAACUGUUCGCAGCCCCACCAGCCCAGAAAAUUGCAGGAGUAAAGUGACAGAAUCUGGGGCAGUAUAUGGUUUUCUUCCUACCUUUUUUUUGGGGGGGGGGAAUCAUGGGGGAGCAGAAGCCGGCACGUGCAGAAAGAGUGCCCUUUUCUUCUUGCAACCUGGACAAAUCUGUCAAAUCGGGUUUAUAUUUUCCCCUGAAUCUUAAUUUCACUUCUUCACAUUUCCACAGCAAUUUGCGAAGCACGCUGCGUUUAUUUUCCAGAUCCUCCUGUGAUAGGUCUGCCAGCGUCUUAGUGCAAAUUUCUUCUCAAUAAACACAUUUUUUUGUAUGCAUCUUUUUUUUUACUCACAUACACCUUUUUGCAAGCAAUAUUAAAAUGCAAGCAGAAUCGUAUUUCU